AUGUCACACACCUGUGCCAAAGCCCCGGUGCCCAUUCUCCCAGACUGCCUAGAGGCGGGUGUAAGGGGGAAAGCAGUAGAACAGAACUGGUGUGUGAAGGCUCUACAAAGCGGCCACAAGGGACAGCGCUCUCGCCUCAGGCCCCCUGGGAAAGACAGGGCAGGGCUUCCUGCUGCCUCAGACGCAUCCGCUUUUCCCAACGCGGAGCCCAGGACCAACACACACUCCAACACACACUCUCCCACCGCGCCGACCCCUCCGCGGCCCACUCUGACCUUCCUUCUUGUUUUAUUUCCGUUUCCUGGUGGCGACCGGUCCACGUCUCGCGUGUCGGUGCUGAUCUUCAACACCAGCUCGCACUGUUUUAUCCUCGUCAAGCAGUUCCGUCCAGCUGUCUACAUGUGCGAGUGGGAAAGGGCCAAAACGGAGCCGCCCAAGCCCGCCGAGGAGGGCGCCGCCGAGGCCGCCGCCCCCGAGCCCCCGGAGGGCCAGCCGGCCCCGGGGGAGGAGGGCUCCUCCCAGUGGCCCCCGGCCUCGGCGGGGGUCACCUACGAGCUCUGCGCCGGCCUGGUGGACAAGCCCGACCUGGCCCUGGAGGAGAUCGCCCGACAGGAGGUGCUGGAGGAGUGCGGCUACGACGUGCCGGCCUCCAAGCUGAAGAGGAUCACCUCUUACAGGUCGGGCGUGGGGGUCACGGGAGCCAAGCAGACCAUGUUCUACGCCGAGGUGUCCGACGAAAACUGCGUGGGGGCGGGCGGAGGUGAGCCCCGCGAGGGGGAGCUCAUCGAGGUGGUCAAAGUCCCGCUGCACGAGGCCAUGACGUUCGCCUACGACGAGCGCAUCCCCAAAACCAUGGGCGUCAUUUUUAGCUUCAUCUGGUUCCAUAAUAACAUGUCUCCCAAGUACAAGAUCUCCACCAACGUGUAACUAGUUGUAACGAAGCACUCUUUCUAUCGUUUAUUGCUAAUUAAAUCAAACACUGGCCCAGCACAAACCACUUUUUCUCCUUACGGCUCGUCAUCCUGUUUUGCCUUUUUUUUGCUGAUCGGUACACGAUUAAGGGAGGGGCCCUUUGUCUUGUUGCCAGGUGUUACUUUCUGUAAUUCAGUCUUAUUUUCUUUUUCUUUUUUUAUCCAGUACUUUUCCUUAAAAAACAAACUUGCCAUAGCUGGUCGUCACUGGCACUUUCCCCCCCCUCCCCCCCCUCCUUUUUUCCGCACACAUUUCAUUUCCUGUGCCGUCUGAUGUAAAUGGCUGCAUAUCACUGAUGGCUAUCGCCUGCCGUUGUGAAAAAGGAACGCUCCACUGCUUUUGCUGUCGGCCUGGACUGACUUUGGCCAUCUUGAAGGCACCUCAUUGCAUCCUGUCGGCCUUCAAAGUCAGCAUUUAAUGACACAAUCAGUUAUUAUAACACAGCUUCCUGACUUUAAAACCUAUAUCUUGAGUUGGAAAAGAAGGUUUAUGUGUUUUUUACUUGAAUAUGUCCAACUCUGAACUGAAAAUUCCAUCAUAAUAAUGCAGUCCAUCCCUCUGUACUCAACACUGAUCAAAGCCGGGAUCGGCCUGAGUUUGCAAAAACUCGUUAGCGUUCGAAAAGUUCAUUUGAAGAAUCUCAAUCGGCACAGAUGAUGACCUAAAGCCAGAAACCAGCAAAAACCGUGGAGCGUUCCUUUUUUUAAAUUAUAAAUGACCCAGUAAUGCAAAAACUCUCGCUUGUUAUCUGUGGGGCCUUGUAAUGAUGGGGGCGUUCCGCUAUCUCUCGCAUAAUCUUUCUGAUCCACAGCCUUUAAGCAAUAUCUGGUUUCGGACCCCCGGCCAAACAACCGUCCAGUGUCAGCGAAUCAGCACGCGCUCCGUUUGAAAUCCGUCACAAUCAGACACGCCGGCGUGCGAUUAGCCUUUCUUUCCCCACGCGUAAGAAUCCCACUCCUACCUCUGCACUGAGGGCCUAACCUUCUGCUAUCAGUAUGAAAUGGUACCAAAGCACAAUCCCGACCAGAGGCAUCCUGUCCAAUCACACGCUUGAAUCCACGACUAAAGGCACCUUCGCAUUUGGUUAUAGACACGAAAAAGCUGCAGUUUGCAAAUCUUUUGGAGUUGUGUGUCACAGUUGCUUCUUAGAUGUAUGGAGCUUGGUUCAGGGGCGUGUCGAGAGGGAUGGAAAAGACCGGCUUGGUUUUGUUUUGGGAUUUUCUGUGUAGAAAGACUCGAGCUGUCAUCAACAGACCCAAUAUCACAAAUGUAACAUCAGCUGUAUUUUUACAAAUCUCAGGUCCGGACAGUCGGAGGGUGGGUUUGUCUCCAUGGUGUUAAGAUUUUUAAAGCAUUCAAUUUCCAAAUCAGCUGCCAAUAGGUUCCUUAAGAGAAGAAAGUUCCUUUUCCUCAUUAGCAAAGGGCUGGCACUUCAUUUAUCAUUGGAUAAGUAGAAAGGAGUGAACCUCCAGAAAUGAUAUCUUUGUUUUAAAACACGUAUAUAUGCAAGAACGGAAUCAAAAACCAAUCAAAUGUUCUUAUCUCAGCGAACCACAGCGCCACAACCCCCACGAAUAUAAAGAACUAUGGUCUUAUUCUCAUUGUCUGAAAGGUGGGAAAUAGGUGUGUGAGCAAAAUGUGAAUGAAAGAAUUCAGUGACUGGCGGUUGAUUUCAAUUCUUUUCUCAAUUGACGCUAAUUCAGAAAUAACAUAUCAGCUGAUGAAACUGGACUUUUUGUUUCGUUCUGUAGGGCUUUAAGAAAUAGGGGUUGUUCAUCUGUUUGCGUACCGAACUGAAAUGAAAGCGUUCUGUUUUAGGAUCAUACAGAGAUGUGUCUGAGGCAGAGCCUGUUCACACAUUCACAUCCACCCCAACGAUCAAAGUGAACACGUCUUUACCGGAGCAAAGCGGUAGAACUGGGUAAAAGAGGGGGGGUAGCUGCGGGAUGCAUUGGUCUGGAUGGACGGGCCGCUCUCACGCUGCCAUGUAGGUGGACUCUGGGGGAGGGUCAGCUUUGUUUCCCCAAGUGUCUCCGAAACAGCCGACAAUCAGCCUUUUUCCGCCAUAAAACGCUGGUUUCUGCGAGGCACCUCGAGUAUCAUCAGCGCGAGUAAGCCCUUAAAAACUAAACGUCUUUGAGUCUGACACGGUUUGACGGUUUGUGGAGGAGCUCUGCCCAAACUGCGGGGGAAUAAACGCACGUGUACGUCUACUUUUUGAGCCAUGCUCAUCUCUCACAGUUCUUGAGAAAUUAACUGGAAAGAAAACCAAAUUUUCUGAAUAGUCGAUGAUAAUUUCUCAGGAUGACGAUAGGUCACAAAUGACGGAAUGAUUCUGAGUUUGAUAGCAGGGCUCCAAAAAAAUGGUGGUAAGCACCCUUGGAAAACCUCCGCAUGACUCAUCGGUUUUGUGUUUUUGGAUCUAAUUUGUGACCCAAACACAGCGGUUAUAAGACUUUUUAUUUCUUUUUUUUUUACAAAAACCUUUAAAAAUCAUCUCAACUUUACUCCAGGUCUUUAUUUAUCCCAGGUGAUUCUGGUCCGCUCACUUUUAUUAGCAUUUAUUAGCAUUAGCAUCGCGGCAUUUCUGUGGGUCUUGUC